UUACCAAGUGAAGAUGCAAAAAGUGGUCGUUCUAGUAAUGUUGAUAGCUGCAAGCUCAGCGCACAUAGAGCAUAAGUACUAUAUGCCAAAUUUUAUGGCAAAUUGGUUCAAAGCGGUAGAGUACUGCAACUAUCUGGGCGCACGGUUGGCCAUUGUUGCCAGCUACGAGAAUCAAACGGAACUGGCGGAAAUGGUUCAGCAAACGGACAAGUACAACAGCAUCAGUACGGAGUUCUGGAUCGGCGCGAGUGAUCUGGCCGACGAGGGACACUUUAUCUGGCACGCCACCGGUACCAGGGUGCAGUACUCGAACUGGAAGGUACUGCAGCCGGAUAAUGGCGGAAAUGUGGAGCACUGCGUGGAGGUGCGUUACAUUCCCAGCGAGAGAUGGGACUGGCAGUGGAACGAUUUGGACUGCAAGCAGAUGCGAUAUUUUGUGUGUGAAUACACGGACGUGGUAAGGGAUUAAAUCUUGCACAAAAUAAUAAAAAAA